CGCUUUAAGUGCACGCUAGCAACGCUUUCGGAAAAACCAUGUCAAUAACACUACACUUUAUUUAACGACACGUUUGCAGCGAUUUCAUCUCUCUUGUCUCUCUCACACACAUCAAAACACACAGUAUCUCAAUAUCUCACAAUGUAUUAAUAUAAAGCAACAACGAAUUAUGGUAGUAUUUGCUGUCACAGUUCGGACACUGGAGCUACACUCAAGUACCGAAACAAGAAUACUAACUGUUUGAUGAAAUGGCGCAGUGUCUGAGACUCAGGCCUCCUCUGCUUCACCAUUUCAAGACAGUUGCAGUUCGCCCCAAGAAACCCACCAAGAUUUUCAAGUUCAGUGUUCGUAGUUGUUCUCUGGCCCCGGAAAAUGCUCACAAGUUAGUGGCAGAAGUCAAAGAGAAGCUCAAGAAAGAACAUAAUAGUCUCCCAGUGGGCAAGUAUGGAAGAGAUGAUGAAGAGAUGAUACUUUGGUUUCUGAACGACAGAAAGUUUUCCGUCGAAGAUACUGUCUCCAAAUUGACUAAGGCCAUCAGAUGGCGUCAUGAAUUUCGUGUAUCUGAAUUGUCAGAAGAAUCAGUCAAAAUUGCAGCUGAAACUGGAAAAGCUUAUGUGCACAACUAUCUUGAUGUAUAUGGCAGACCAGUGCUGAUUGUGGAAGCAGCCAAGCAUUUUCCACAGAAGCAGGAACCACGUGAAGAUGAGAAGCUAUGCGUGUUUAUGAUUGAGAAGGCACUAAGCAAACUUCCAGCUGGAAAGCAGGAAAUACUUGGCAUAAUUGAUCUCCGAGGAUUUCAGACACAAAAUGCUGAUCUAAAGUUCUUAAUAUUUGUGUUUGACGCAUUCUACUACUACUACCCAAGGCGAUUAGGUCAAGUCCUUUUCGUGGACGCUCCCUUUGUAUUCAAGCCAGUUUGGCAGCUGGUCAAACCCCUAUUGAAAUCAUAUGCCUCUCUGGUAUGCAUUCGCGACAAUGCUCAAGAUCUAUCGGAUUCUCCAAGCACUUUCUCAUUUUACAUGUUUUUCUGCAUCACUCAGUGCUAAUUCACUUCUGACUGAGUGCUGCAACCAUAUGAUAUGUACCAUUUUCAGUAGCUUCAACGUUUCUUAAUAGUGGGUCAAAUUUCUUUUGUUGAAUUAACUAACCAGGAAGAGCCUAUGAGUUUAAUUCUUUAACAGCUUACCGGUCAUGCAUGAGCGCGUCUUCCGUGCAAUUCUUUGUGAUUGUGUUUGGUUAAGUUUUUAGCUGUUUUGCAAAUGAUGUCUUAAGAAAAGUAUUGGAGAAUGUUCUAAAUAUUUGGUAUUUUCUUGGGGUUUUGUGAAAACUUCUUUCGUUUCUUUCUUUUAAUUCGUGAAAUAUUCUCGUUUUACACCCUCAGAAAAGAAAACCAAACAAAAUCAGGUUUCAUAUGAAUCAAUUUCUUUCACAGUAGUUAUUCUGUGUUAACUCUCAGUUUCCCAUCAUUUUUCAUUAACAUUAAGCAGCAAGAACUACGAAAAUCUGAUACUCACGAUACUGCAGUUGCUUAUAACAUUUAAAAACUUUCUUACUUUUCUUUCGUAUUCGCUUUGAAUAUGCAUGUUUGUCGUACUUCUUUUCGCAUA